UCCUCAAUUGGAUUUUGCUCGAAAACCUUCCUUCAUCUGAUUUGCAGAGACUAUCCUAAGAAAGGACCAACCAGAACCAAAGAACUUCUGGGUAGAGAGAGAAAGUGGGUCUUUCGCUCUCUCUUUUUUCUCUCUGUGUGUUGUGUACGCGUGUGUGUAUGUAUGUUGUGAGGGUACAUGCAAAACGGUGAGCUUGGGAUAGAGAAAGAACGAGUUGAAGUUUGGUGUUCGAUUUGCAAAAAACUGCCCCAUCAAGUACUCUUGUUGUUUUUUGGGUUUUACUUCUUAUCCAAACUGUUUCUGGUUCAUUUUGACCGUGGUUCUGGGGACUUGUUGCAGCGCUGAGAUUGUUAAUCUCUUUGCUGUUGAAUUUGUCACUUCCGACAAAGACAGAAGGAGGCACCAGAUCGAAGGCUGAGUGUUUGUUGUUGUUGUUGUUGCUGCUGCUUCUGGUUCUUGUCGCAGAGAUAUGUUGGAUGGUCGUUCCUGUGUGGUUCCUGGGUUGUUUUCCAACUCUUGCCAGACUGAGAACAAGUGGUCUUUCAUGAAAUACCUGCCGGACUUGGACAUAAAAAAUGGCAAGCGCCCUUUAGACAUCGACUGCGAUGAUGAACCCCAGCCAAGGAAGGUUAGCAAGAGAUUGGAUUCUUGCCAUCAAGGUGAGACGGUUCCAAUUGUGUUUCAACAGCAAUCUUGUCAUGCUAAGGAUUCUGUUGUUGCACAAAUGGAUCAGGAUGGCUCCACCAUCCAGGAUCAGUUGAAGGAUUGUGAGCCGUUUAGUAAUUGCCAGAGAGUUGAAGAGGCUGAAGCUUUUUCUAUCCAGCUAUUUGCUGAACAAGAACAACACAACGCUGGGGAUUCAUCGGAGUCCCGUGACCAUCAAUAUGAUAAACAGCAGCAGGGUCAGUCUGGGGAUUCAUCCGAUUCUGAUGUUCACUUUCAGCAAGCUGAUGACCAGCAGCAUCUUGUAGGGAAUUUAUUGAAUUCAAGUGACCAGCCUCCUGAUGAGCAGCAAGAGCACCAUGCUGGGGAUUCAUCAAAUUCUGGUUCUCUCUUGCCACGCAUGAAUCGAGACAGCUCAAUCGCCUGUCUCAGCCGCUGUUCUAGGUCUGAUUAUGGUUCUCUUGCCUCACUGAAUAGGAGCUUUCGCAACAUAAUCCGAAGCGGUGAGCUCUAUACAUGGAGGAGACUGAAUGGUAUCAUUGAACACUGGGUUUAUUUUUCUUGUGCCCUCCUCGAAUGGGAGGCCUAUGAUGUAAUUCGCGAACGAUGGAUGCAUUUACCAAGGAUGGCUUCUAAUGAAUGCUUUAUGUGUUCGGAUAAGGAGUCUUUAGCUGUAGGUACUGAACUACUUGUAUUUGGGAGGGAGCUGAGAUCCCAUGUCAUUUAUCGAUACAGUCUUUUGACAAACUCGUGGUCAUCUGGAAUGAGGAUGAAUGCUCCAAGAUGCUUGUUUGGAUCUGCUAGCCUUGGAGAGAUUGCUAUUUUAGCUGGCGGGUGUGAUUCAGACGGACAUAUCCUUGACUCUGCUGAACUAUAUAAUUCUGAGAAUCAAACAUGGGAAAUACUCCCGAGCAUGAAGAAGCGCAGGAAGAUGUGCUCUGGGGUGUUUAUGGAUGGAAAAUUUUAUGUUAUUGGGGGAAUAGGUGGAAAUGAUUCUAAGAUUCUUACAUGUGGUGAAGAGUACAAUUUACAGACUAGAACAUGGACUGAAAUUCCUAACAUGUCACCGGGGCGUAGUGCAAGGGGAUCUGAGAUGCCUGCAACAGCUGAGGCACCGCCUCUGGUUGCCGUAGUAAAUAAUGAAUUAUAUGCUGCUGAUUAUGCUGACAUGGAGGUUAAAAAAUAUGAUAAGGACAGAAAAUUGUGGUUUACCAUUGGGAGACUGCCUGAACGAGCAGUAUCAAUGAAUGGUUGGGGUCUUGCAUUCAGGGCAUGUGGAAAUAGGCUUAUUGUCAUUGGUGGGCCAAGGACUCAUGGUGAGGGUUUUAUUGAACUCAAUUCAUGGGUGCCCAGUGAAGGACCUCCUCAAUGGCAUCUACUUGCCAGAAAACGGUCUGGUAACUUUGUCUAUAAUUGCGCUGUGAUGGGAUGCUGAAGAAUUGAAUUGUGAAAGUUACACAUUUUGAUGCUUCAAAUCCAACGAGUUGCACAACAUUGAUUCAUCCAUUGACACAGGAUUCUUGCUAAUUGGUACUUUCCCUCUUCUUUUUUUAUGAUAUUUUCCUUUCAAAAGCGGGGGAGGACGGGGAGGAGAUUCAGUUAUUACUCAAGAUUGGCUGAAAAGUUUUCCGGGAAGGAGUUCUUCAGUCCUUUUUUUUUUUUAUGUUUGAAAUUUCAGUUACUAUUUUGUUCCAUUGAAAUUGGUAUCUUCCCCCAUUUCCAUUUACAUGAAAAUUUUCAAAGCUUGGUAUCAUGUAGCACAGGAAUAGGUUAAAUAAUUGAAGUUCCAACACAAAUGUAGGUUAUUGUUGUUGUCUGUUUAAGUUUUUUGCGGACAUACAACUAGGUAUUUAAUUUUCAUGAUCAUAAAUUUUCUCAGCUUAAAGGAUGGAAUAAUUCCCGAUGGUUGUUUAACUAAUUUUGGAUUAUUUAUCAAUCCAAUUUUCCAUUUGAAUUCGGGGACUAUGUAUUUUUAGGUAUAUAACCAUUACAUUUAUUACUUGUUGCAAAUCUUACCUGCAGCCAUAAUAUAUUUUUCUGCCUUCGUAUUGUGUUAAGUCAGAGGUAAAAGUCUGUAUCUGACGCAAAAAGAGGCCGACACCAACCUGAUUACGUUAUCUUAUUUCACGUUAGUUUAUCUGAUCUUAGUUGCGUAGUUAUCCUGAAUCUUAGUUGUUUAGUUAUCCUGAAUCCUAGUUACUUAGUUUAUCUUAUCAGUAUUUUUAUAACAGUGAUUUACUUAUUGUUACUCUGAUAGAUCAAUCUGUCGAAUCAGAGAUUGGUAAGUUAAUAUAGGAUCUGUUUGUCCUCUCUCAGUUACCUAUAGGAGAAGUACCUUAAAGAUAAGCGGAUCACUGUGCGUUAUAAUAUAACGACAUAGUCAAGACGUGGGAUGUGUGCACAGUGACAAGCUAAGAGAGGGGGUUUAGAGUGUGUGUACUUUAUUGGUUUAACUCUUUAUUUAUAGAUAUGUUACCUGGCAAGAGCGGAUUUUGGGCCUCUUAGAAGUAUUGGGGGUCUAAUUGUUGAUCCAUUGCUGCCAUAGUAGGAUUAGUAUAAUUAAGGAAUAUUUCCUUAAUUUCCUCUUAGUUGUUAGUCCUAUUUGAGCCUUCUAGAAUGUAGGCCUUUGUCAGGUCCAUAACACUCAUCUUACCAAUAGUUAUCUUAGCAGUAGAAUUAAUUAUUUAUUAGAUAAGAUUACCUUAUCUGUUGAUGGCGUUAAUCUUAAUCAUGCUAUUAAAGAGAUUAUCCACUAAUCACAUAAUGCAAGCAAUUACAAUCUUCCUCCUUAGUUUUCUCUUUCUCCUCCCCACCUCUGCUUCUCUCCUUAAAGCGCUUAACUGGUGCUUUCAUUUAGAAGUGAGCACUGCGGGGUGAGAAGGAGAAAGAGAAAAUCUAGGAGGAAGAUUGAAAUUAUGAGUGGUCUACAUUGAAUUAUUGAUUAUGUCACAAGGCUGCUAGAUGUCAGAGUUGAAAAUGGGAGAUUAAAGUUAUGAAGGAUUGAUGCACAUGGGAUGAUGAUCAUUUCAAAAUGGAUUUAAAUUUGACAGGUUCUUGGAAUUGGUCUUUUGAGCAAGGCUCAUGAGCUCCAAUAUUUUUCGCUCUUUUGAGAUCAUUUUAAUUCAGUUUUUAAUUUUUUUAAUUUUUUUUUUCUUUUUAUUUUCAUGAAAAAUAGUUUCUAAUAUCGAUUAGGUUCUUGGAAUUGGUCUUUUGAGCAAGGCUCACGGCUCACGAGCUCCAAUAUUUUUCGCUCUUUUGAGAUCAUUUUAAUUCAGUUUUUAAUUUUUUUUUCUCUUUUUAUUUUCAUGAAAAAUAGUUUCUAAUAUCGAUUAGGUUCUUGGAAUUGGUCUUUUGAGCAAGGCUCAUGAGUUCCAAUAUUUUUCGCUCUUUUGAGAUCAUUUUAAUUCAGUUUUUAAUUUUUUUUCUCUUUUUAUUUUCAUGAAAAAAUAUUUUCUACUUUCUAAUAUCGAUUAAGUUCUUGGAAUUGGUCUUUUGAGCAAGGCUCAUAUGAGCACCAAUAUUUUUCGCUCUUUUGAGAUCAUUUUAAUUCAGUUUUUUAAUUUUUUUAAUUUUCAUUAUCUUUUUAUUUUCAUGAAAAAUUGUUUCUAAUAUCGAUUAUUUUUAUUUCCUUUGUCUAUU